GCUGGGUAAGAAGUUUUGUAAGUUUCUGUUCCGUUUGGAUUGGAGCAGAGUCGCACCAUUCAUUGGAUUUCCGAGCUCCCUCUAGGUAAGAUGUUUUCAUUUGGGCAUGUGUGAUUGAUGACAGAAAAAUAGAACUGAAGGUCCGGAUGUCAUCACAUUAAGCUACCAAAUUUUACCAAAUGCAGAAAUAUGUCGUGAGAGAAUUCUGUAGUUGCUUUGCACAAGGAAAUUUAUCAGUCCGGGUUUGUGCAGCCUGCAGGUAGCGACGCAAAGCCAAAGGCACCUCAACAUGAACCUAUCGUGAUGCAAAGCCAAAUGUGCUCGUGUUGUUUUUUCUAGUGCCUUCACACCUAACUCAUUAGAGAAUGCGCCACCAGGGUUCAUACAAGACUCGUGCUAGUUGAAGAUACUUCUGGAAUAUGUUUCAGAAGCCAAGUCCUUUGUGAAGCGAAUAUUCACCUUUGGAUUUUCCAGUGAUUCAGAAUGAUAGAUGCAAAUGUCAGGUUCAUUGGCCUUCAGUCUGAGAGAAGGUGACUGCUGUUCAUCUGAGGUCCUCUUGAAAAGAUACAGAAUAAGUAUGCAAAAGUCGGGAUCCAGCUUACCACGAGUGGAACUGGAAGAGCUGGGUCCAUCGAUGUCUUUGAGCCUGGACCGCACGAGGGAACCAGACAAGGACAAGUGGAAGCAUUCGAUCAAGGUGCCCAAGGCGGCAAAGCCUAAGAAGGUGAAGAACGUGAAGACUACUGACUUGGGCAAGACCGUCGGCAAGUUCCACUUAGGCAGGCAAGACUUCCACCAGAUUCACACAGUUCAUCAUGGCGCAAGUAAAAAGAAGAAGUUGGCCGCGAGCGCCAAAUCUGCUGAAGUGAAGCCAGAAGGCGCGGUGCCCACUCCAGCUUGA